CGGGGAUAUCAAAAGUCGAAGUUGCCGCUAAGGCGAAGUCUUCGUUGGCAACGCGAUGCUUCCAAGCAUCGGGCUUCUUCGGAGAUCGAGAGUCUGGGUUGUUGAGAAGGCGGUAGUUGUCACUGUACACAGUGCGGCGAGUACGCGGAGCGUCGAUGAUGUUCGACUCAUCAACAGCACUGGUGAUGUUGCGUGGAGCAACACGAGGUGCAGGUGGUGUAGACGGCGGCGAGGAAGGCGGCGUAGUUAGCGGCGAUGGAGGUGGAGACGGAGAACGGUCCGGAGGUGCGUGAUUGGCAGCUUUUGGCGGUGUAGGCUGAUUGACAGCAGAAGGCGGUGCUCGAUCGACCUCUUUUUCUUUCUCCCCCUCGAGCGACGACGCCGGAGCCUCAGGGAUGGCUGAAGACUCGGGUUUUGUCGAUGGAUCAAAAAUGAUAUUACGGCUGGUCUGGAUGGUGCGUGUUUCAGCGUUAUAGUACCGCAGGGAAUGUGACUCAUCGCCAAUUCCAGUAAAAGUGAAGGGGCGUGUCUUCGAGUCGAUUUUCGCUCGCUUCCCGUCCUGCUGCAACACCCAACAUGGCGAUCCAAACCCUUGGAGCGUGGAGACGUCGGGUUUGCGACCCCAGAAGGCUUCGUCCGGGGUAAUGAGGGAGGGAAGGGCACGGGUCGGGGAUCGGUUCUUCAGGUACGUUGCAUAUGCGACCGCUUCAGACCACAGAGAUAAUGGGGAGUUGUAGGCUCCCAACAUAGCACGUGCGCGCUCAAUUAGUGUCCGGUUUAGGCGUUCUGCCACGCCGUUUUGCUGCGGAGAGUAUGGCGCGGUCAACUCGAGCCGGAUUCCUCGCUCCCGGAGGAAGGUCCGAACAUCGUCGUUGACAUAUUCACCCCCGUUGUCACAGCGGAAGGCUUUAACGCGCUUCCCUGCCUGUGUCUGUAUGUAUUCCACGUAGUCGCGCAUCCGAUCCUUGACGUCUGACUUCCGUUUUAGGAAGUAGAGCACUGUUCGUCGUGUUGCAGCGUCCGUAAAUGAGACGUAGUAUCGGGAACCAUCAAUGGCAAUCACGCGCGAGGGUCCCCACACAUCGGUGAAGGUCAGGUCACCGAUUUCGGUGUAUUGACUGUCAGAUGCUGGUGGGAACGGAGUGACGUGGGACUUGGCUUUGACGCAAGUCUCGCAGAAGGUUGAUGCAGGUACGGAUUCGUCUACAUUCAGCCCAGUAACCAUCUGCUUAUCCCGCAGAGUCUUCACAGAUGCAUGCUGAAUGUGCCCGAGGAUCCGAUGCCACUUGUCCCAAGUGUGAGUGGGUGCCGACGAAGGUUUCGAUGGUAGGGCAACAGUGGGAGUGGGUCGGCUGGGCGGAGAACGAGCAGAGCGAGUGAUGCGGACCUUGUAGAGUCCGCCAAUCAAGGUACCACGCAUGAUUUCGUACGAUUUGGGUCCAGGAGAAUGGAUUUUCAUUGUGUCACCCUUCAUUUGGACUGAGCAGCCCGCGGAAGUGAGUCGGCCAAGAGAGAUGAGGUUGUAAGGAGCAUUUGGAACGUGCAUAGAGUCCCGAAGUGAGAUGUCGUAGGCUUUGGUGCCGACAUGAGAAGAGAUUUCUACGGUGCCACUGCCGGGGCUCGAAGAUUGUCCAAAUCCGGUAACGUUGGUGCCAGGCGUCUCGAGGUACGAGGAAAAAAGCGUUUUAUUGAUUACUAUGUGUCGUGUAGCUGCGCUAUCAGCUAACCAAACGUCCAAGCCCGUUGCGGGCGGUAACGACGCAGCGGCAAAAGCGAAAGCGGGCGCAUCAAAUUGCGCUUCUUCAGUCACGUGUGCCCGGCCCGAAUUCCAUCCUCUUCCUCCUCCCCCUCCUUGUCCAUUUCGGCGUUUCUGCUCCUCCGUAAACGUCUUUCCCGCCUUCGUGUCCCGACAGUCAGCAAUAACGUGCCCCCGGCGACCACAACCGUAGCAUGACAGGUUCGUUGAGAACUUGCCAGUCUUGGCGGAUCGAGCUGGUAGGGCGACAUCAUCGGAAGUCGGCUUGGCUUUGCGCUGGCGGUCCCGUUCGAGGAUCCGCGCAAUGAGUGGGGCGGAGUCGGUGAAGGAGCUGGUGUCGACACUUUGGAUGAAAGUGUCCCAGGAGUCAGGGAGUGAGGUGAGGAGAGUCGUGCAGAACUCAUCCUCGUCGAAGCGCGACCCAAGCGUCAUGAGCUGAGUACGUAACGAGGUAAGCUUCCGAAUGUGUUCCUCGAUGUCUCCCCCUUCGGCGCACACGAGAUGGAGGAGUUUCCGACGGAGGAGGACAAUUGCAUAGGCACCCCGUGGGCGGUACAUUUUUUCAAGUACGUCCCAUGCCUCUUUUGCCGAGCUUGCGUUGGUGAUGUAAACUAGCGGACCAUCGGUUACACGGAGACGGAUUGCAGAGAGGGCCUGGCGGUCCUUGCGCUCCCAUUCGCUGGCGGUUGCGGUGGAGACAGUGAUGGAGGAUGUGAUGGUGGUCGUGGUGCCGUCGGGGUUGGUGAUGGUGAUGGGUGGAGGGACGCGACUGCCGGGCUUCAGGAGCCGGCCUUUCGGGUAGUCGUCAAGCUGGAGGUCGGUCAAGAUGUCCGUGAUCUUGACGGCCCAGGUCUGGUAGUUUUCCUCGCCGAGGAGAUGUUGAAUCCGGUAGGCAGAUGUAGAUGCGUCAGUCGACAUUGUAGUAAAUGUGAUUUAACACGCAGUGAAAAUUAAAUCGUUUUGAGCUGAUUAGGCUAGUGCUUGAUACGCGAUGGGUAAAGCAGAUGCGAGAGAUGUUCAGUUACGGCCGGGGCCCAUAACCUGAUGAACAGACGAGAAUCUGAGUGGGAUAAAAAUCUAUAUUGUGCUUGGGAUUUCUCCCGAUUUAUAUAGUACAUAGUCGUGUAUCGGAAAAGUAAUUCUACUGCCUUAUAUAUUUGUAUCUGACUGAGUCGUGCAUCAGUAAGAUGCUUUGAGAACAUUCGGGAAUGAUCUUGAUGCAAAGGCACAGCAUUCCUGUUAAUACUCAAUAAUAACUGAUUCGCGACGAGAACCGCGAGCAGGGGAUGGGCUGCGAUGCUUGCGAUGAUAAAUGGGGUGGUCGUAAACGGAGCGUAGCGUCUGAUUCCUCCGAGAUAGCUUGACAGUAAAGCGGACGUCGCGGGUGAUGUAUAUGAGGUGAACAGUGGCAAAUGUAACAGUACAGUUCUUACAUAGAAGAUAGAGACGAAGAGGCCUGCGCUGGCAAAGUACACGGAGCUGCGUGAUGAUGGGUCGUGAGAGUGCACACCGAGACAAUGCGGUCCACGUUUGAUCCCGUUGCUAGAACUUGACGUGGGUGCACCCCAAAGAGCACUCUGGAGACGAAAAGCAGCGCGAUAGCAUUUCCACGACCCACACUUCGAUCCGCUUGGCAGAAGGAUCGCAGCAUCCUGCUACCUGGUGCGUCGAGAGAAGAAUGCUUGUCAUCCAACCCCUUCUCUGAUGCACACUUGAAAUUUGUAUGCAAGACGAGAACCAAAGCGCUGAACGGGACAUUCUGAUCCUUCGGGCUGGUACACAAGAUGGGGGCAACGGGAUUAGGCUGUCCAGAGGGUAUUUCGUACAAGAUAGACAAGAGAGGUGCUUCAUUUCAAGCCGGAUUCAGGAAUUGAUUGUUUUCCAGUAAGAGAGUGCAAGAGGCUCGAGCGCGUUUGAUAACGUCGAUACGAGACAUGGACAAACAACGCGUGCUCUCCUCCUCCUUUCUGGCCAAUGGUGGCUCAAACCCGGCACGGGGCUGUGUCGUCCCCGAAGAAGCUCGCAUUCCGCGAGAAACUCGUCGGCAAGGGCCAGACCACGGACGUUCUCCUCAAAAAGCUUCAGACCUUGCAUCGUGAACUAGCGGACCUCGAGCAAGACCACAUCGACCCAGCCUCUCUCAAUGGUGUACGCAAGGAGCUCAUCGACAAAUACAUUCUACUCCACAAGGAUCGAGGCGUCAAAGCCUAUGCCGCGUGCUGCCUCGCGGACAUCCUCCGUCUCACAGCCCCAGACGCACCGUACACUCCGGGCGAACUACGCGAUAUCUUCCAAUUCUUCUUUCGCCAACUCAGCAAAGGACUCCUAGCCUCCGACUGUCCGUACUACGCUCAAUUCUUCCAUCUUCUGGAGUCGUUGUCGACCGUGAAGAGCGUGGUCUUGGUGUGCGACUUGCCGAACGCGGAGGAGCUCAUGACCGAGAUCUUUCGCGAAUUCUCCGCCAUCGUGAAACGGGACCUGGCGCGUAAAGUGGAGAUGUUCCUGGGGGAGAUCCUCGUGGCGCUCAUAGACGAGUGCCAGGUGUUGCCUGGGGCGGUUCUGGAGAUUCUGUUGGCACAAUUCAUGGACAAGAACGCACGCAAAGAGAACGCGCAAUACCGGCUAGCGGUGCAUGUGUGUACCGCCACGGCCGAUAAACUCCAACGCCAUGUUGCACAGCAUUUCACGGAACACAUCGUGUCCGAGCACGACGACGACGACUUUGACGACAUCCGCACCGAGCACGAACUCGUCCAGCGUCUUCACGCGGCGUGUCCCGAAGUCCUGGUCACCGUCAUUCCUCAGCUGGAAGAAGAGUUACAAACGGAGGAGGUGCAGCUCCGGCUUAUCGUCACCGAGACCCUCGGCGAGAUGUUCGCAGAGCCAACCCAUGGGCUGACGCUAACGCGCAAGUUCCCGAUGACGUGGAAUGUGUGGCUCAAGCGCAGGAACGACAAGUCGUCCGCUGUGCGCAUCAAGUUCAUCGAAGCGUCCUCUGCACUUCUUGUACGCGCCAGUGCAAGCUCAGAGCAAAGGGCCGCAGUCGAGGAAGCUUUGACGACCAAACUCCUAGACCCGGACGAGAAAGUGCGGGCUGCAGUCUGCCGAGUAUAUUCAAGCAUGGACUACGAGACUGCAUUGCAUCACGUCAAGGUCGAUCAGUUGAAAGCUGUGGCUGGCCGCAUGUUGGAUAAGAAGCCUUCGGUGAGGGCGGAAGCUAUUCGAGCACUGGGGAAGCUUUAUGCCCUAGCAUAUCCUGAAAUAGAAAGCAAGGACAUGGCUGCCAUUGAUCACUUCGCCUGGAUCCCAAAUGACAUGUUUGCUGCAGUAGAUGAAGUGCUGGCAGAGUUCAUCCUGCCUUUGCCCACCCCGUCUUCUGCCGCGUCUAGUUCGAAGAGUGUUGAAGUCGAUGAAGCCGCCUGGACAGAUCGAUUACUUACUGUGAUGGCAUCUUUGGAUGAAGAACAGAGUGUAGCUUCUCUGUUGAGUUUCAGUACUCUUCAAAGAGCACGUCCGACGAUCUUUGAUCUCUUCGUCGAGAGCUGCAUAGCCAACAACGGUGGAGUGAUUGAUGAGAACGAAGACAGUGUCAAGUCCAAGCUUGCCAGUGUCAUCAAGUACAUCGCAAUGUCAUCGCCUGAUCCACUGAAGAUGGGAGAGGACCUGAACGCUUUUGCAAAGCUGAAUGAGCAGAGGCUCUACAAGUUACUUAAGACUUGUAUGGAUCCGCAGACGGAUCUCAAAGGGCUCGUCAAAGCCAGCACCGAGUUUCAUAAACGAAUGGACAAUGUCGCGCCAAAUCUGGUGUCCGCGAUGUCGUUCAUCGUUCGUCAAGCGUCCUUGCGAACAGUCAAUCAAUCUUCGAUCCCGACUCUGCUCAGGCGGUUGCAGAAGCCGAACACGGUCACAGCGGCCAACGCGGCGAAGCUGCUGGCCUUUGUUGCGAAACACUCCCCGAUAUUGUAUAAGAACCAUGUCGGAGAGUUGGCGAAGAGCAUCUCCGCUGCGGAGGAUGCGGCCGGGAAUCCUAAUUCCCGAUUAGUGGAGGUCGCCAUACAAGCACUAGCUGGACUAGUGCGUAUCGACGAGGGAUCAGUAGCCCUGGACAAGCGGACGUUUGAGCGCAUCAAGCAUCUUGCUCUUGAAGGCUCUCCUCGACAGGCCAAGUUCGCGGCCCGAUUCUUGACUUUUUCGAAAAAUAAGGACGCCGUCUGUGAUGAAGUCGUCGAGUCUAUCUGUGACGCUCUCGGAACGGCUUCUUCCGAGAUUCUUGUUGCGCACGUUGCAGUUCUGGCCCAGUUUGCACGGUUUGCGCCGAACUCAUUCGAGCACAAGAGCGAUGUGUUAAUGGAGUUCUUGCUGAAGCAGUUGUUGAUGGUGCCCACUGGUCGACUAGAUAAUGCGAUGGAAACCGAUGAAGAGUGGGCAGAGGAAGCCGAGGUCACGGAUAAUCUGCGUGCCAAGAUUCUGGCGCUCAAAGUAUGUCGGAAUCGCAGUCUGGCGCAUGCGAAAUCGGAUAAAGCGGUCGAAAUGGCGACCCCGGUGCUGAAAAUGCUGGCAACGAUUCUAGAGCUUGGUGGGUCGCUGGUUCCUGACGCAGACGAAGAUCUGAAGGUGAUGUCGCGGAUGCGUCUCCAGGCGGCGAUAUCGCUGUUACAUUUGGCAACGGUCCCGGCCUUUGCGCAAGCCAUCGCCCCGCGCUUCUUGAAGCUGGCGUUGACGGUGCAAGACACGUGCUUCAAUGUUCGCAUCACAUUCCUCAAGAGGCUUGUUUCGAUGUUGCACCCGCCUCGAUUGCCUCCCUACUUCAAUGUAAUUCCCUUCUUGACGGUACACGACCCCGAGCAGGAUGUUAAGACCCUGGCUUCCUCGUAUGUGACAGGUGUUGUCAAAAGGCUGCAGCCUGACCAGCGGAUGAAGCAUCUGGAGAUGAUGUUCCUGCGACUAUUGCACUUGCUGGCUCACCAUCCAGAUUUCGCCACCACCGUAGAUGAGAUGGUUGACACCGCAAAGUAUAUCAACUUUUAUCUUGACAUGAUCGCCAAUGCGGACACAAUCUCGUUGCUGUACCAUCUCGCGAUGAAGGCCAAGACCGUGCGAGAUGCCGAGUCGCAGCAGCACAGCGAGAAUCUCUACGUUGUGUCAGAGCUUGCACAGGAACUGAUCAAGUUGUAUGCCCAUCACCAUGGGCUCAACAUGACGACGUUCCCGGGCAAGGUCAAACUCCCAUCGGAUAUCCUGCGGCCCCUUCCAAAUGCAGAGACGUCGAAGAUGAUCAUGGAGACGGUGUACCUGCCGGCCGAGACCGCCGAAUGGAUCAAGACGCAGUAUACGACUCCUAAAGAGAAGAAGGAGAAGGAACGAAAGGAGAGGGUGCCGACGAAGCGGAAAGCACCGGCCAAGCCGAACGGGACGACCAAGCGACGGAAAAAGCGGCAUUCGGCGGACUCGGACGAGGAUGAGUUUGGAUCGGACCUGUCUGAGGACGAUGUGAAGUCGUCGGAACCACCGGCCGUGGAGGAUUCGAGCGAAGACGAGGAGGAGCAGGACGGAGAGGAGAAGCUAGGAAGAGGGCAGCGGACAAGGGCCAAGCGUAAGCAAGCGAAAGCUGCUGCCAGGAACUUGCGGACGCGUCGGGCCACUACUCCAUCCUCUGAUUGACGAUAUGUUUCUGCUUUUCUUUUUUUUUAUACUCUCGCGUGUAAUUUGUGUGCCUGCUAUCAUCACCCAGCAUCUGUCGUGUACUCGUAUCUUUGCCUGCCCACCUGCUCGUCUGUUGUGCACUUGCAUCUCUGAUAUUUGCUGUCGAAUAUACAUAGUGUUAUAUGCAUGCCAUGCAUCAGGCUUUGGUUCUGGAGGUUGCUUGGUGCGCUGAAAGGCAUCGCAGCUUUGGGGAUUGGGACUUGGGCUAGAGCAGAUGCUUGUCUGCGAGCAGAGCGCACAUGGCGGAGAACGGCGAUCAGCUGAUGGGGUUUGUUUCCGACGUCAGGCUCACAGUUAGCUGCCCGCUCGUCUUCGCACUGCGAACGAGAGAGGCGGCCGUCCGUCUGGAAUUGGUAGUACCACUUUUCGUGCGGAUCAGAAGUGGAGAUGGUGCCGAUCCAUGGCUGAGUCUGCUUGCGUACCGUGCUUGAGAUCUACCAGUAGGGGUCCCGGAUGCCGCCGACAUCCGGGAGAGGAGUUUUGACACAAGAGUCUGGGCUCCGUGGUCCUUAUUUUAUUCUUCCGCUCAUCAACCUACGAGGUUCUUAAUCAACGCAAAGGUAUGCGAACCAGAGUAAACAGCGCUAGGUUAGUGCUGCGUUAUGGAAUAUGAAUCUUCCCCGCCAACCAGGCGCUCUCUGUCUAGAA